UGCGAUUCCAAGACGCCGAGCAUUCAAAGCCAGCUCUCAUAUUUCCGUGUAAUUCCAUGGACACACUUUGGGGGUGAAGUGGAACUGGACGGUCCAAAAGUCCAUCAUCCGCUCAGGCUGUAAACAAGCCCAACAUGACCUGACCACGGCCUGCCUGGGGCUGAUGACAGGGCUAAGACCGGUGCUACCGCCAUGGGAACUCAGCGCAAUGGUUUCAGCAGAGAAAGCUUCAUUUUGUCGGUGGACGUCGGGACGACGUCAAUCAGAGGUCACGUCUACGACAAGGAGGCGAGAGUCCGAGGAUCCUGCACCGCCAAGAUCGUGCCAUUGUACCCAGAGGUAGGACAUGUGGAGAUGGACCCAGAUGCACUGUGGAGGGGCUUUAUCACUGUGGCCAAGGGGGCAGUGCAAGACGCUGGAGUUCAGAUGCGUCAGAUCGAGGCCCUUGGCAUCUCCACCCAGCGCAGCACCUUCACAACAUGGGACAGGAGAACUGGAGUCCCUUUUCAUAAUUUCAUCACCUGGCAGGACCAGAGGGCUGCAGACCUGGUGAAGUCCUGGAACAGAUGCUGGACCAUGAAGGCAAUUCACGGCGUGAUGAAGGUGCUUUACUUCCUGACGCGUCAGAAGCGAUCCCUCGCCGCCAGCCUCAUUGUCUUCUCCACACAGCACGUGACAUUCCGCCUGGUCUGGGCCCUCACACACUACCAGCAGGUUCGUGAAGCUAUCGAAGAGGGGAACUGCUGCUUUGGAACAAUUGACACCUGGCUCCUGUUCAAGCUAACAAAAGGGCAAAUCCACGCCACAGAUUACUCCAACGCCAGUGCCACUGGAAUAUUCGACACCUAUCAGAUGUGUUGGAGUGGCUUUCUCUGCUCUCUUGUGUCUCUGCCUCUCUCUAUUUUACCCAAAGUAGAAAAUACAGGCCACGACUUUGGCUGUUCGGACCCGUCCAUCUUCGGCGUGCCGAUUCCCAUCAAGUCCGUGAUGGCGGACCAGCAGGCGGCCAUGUUUGGAGAGUGCUGCUUCAAUGUGGGGGAUGUAAAGAUCACCAUGGGAACGGGCACCUUCAUGGAUAUAAACACCGGGAGCAAACCGCACACGUCCGUGGCAGGGCUGUACCCGGUGGUGGGCUGGAAGAUCGGCUCGGAGGUGGUUUACCUGGCAGAGGGCAACGCGGCGGACACCGGCACGGCCAUCAAAUGGGCGCAGGAGCUGGAGCUUUUCUCUGACGUCCGGGACACCGCCGCCAUGGCGUACAGCGUGGCCGACUCAGACGGCGUGUGUUUCGUACCUUCCUUCAGUGGCCUGCAGGCUCCUCUGAAUGAUCCCAAAGCCUGUGCUUCCCUCAUGGGCCUGAAACCGUCCACCACGAAGAGCCAUCUGGUCCGGGCCAUCCUGGAGUCUCUCGCCUUCAGGAAUAAACAGCUGUACGAGACGAUGCUGCGGGAGACUUGUAUUCCCAUCACGAAGAUCAGGGUGGACGGCGGCGUUUCUCUGAACGACUUCGUCAUGCAGCUGACUGCAGACCUGCUGGACAGAAAGGUGGCCAGGCCGCAGCACCACGAGAUGUCCUGUCUGGGAGCCGCUUUCGUCGCCGGGCUGGAAGUCGGUUUUUGGAAGAACCGCGAGGAGCUGAAAAAGCUGCAGGGCACCGACAAAGUGUUCCUUCCCCGAGGCGCAGCCAAGGAGGACAGCGCCUGUCCAAGCCGGGAGUAUGUCCACGUCCUGCAGAGGUGGGAGAGGGCUCUGAGGCGCUCUAUGAACUGGUACAGCAAGCCGUGACGUUGGACGGACACGUGGCGGGAGGCACCCCGAGUUCAAUGAAAAGACCAGCGUUUAAAUCUACUAACCAUUAAAGCUUCAACAAAUAACAAAACCUGUCAGUGACAAAGCAAUUUUAACAGAUUAGUGUGUAUGUAGUGAUGUUUGGCAGUGAGGCUUGGCCUGCCCUCAAAUUUAACGUGCUGAGGAGAUUCCACAAUAAUCUGAUAAAACCUUCUCUGUAAAUAUGAAGAGCUCAACCUGCAGCAGCACAAUUACAACAGGUCUGGAGUCUUUUUGAUUCCAGUAUUCUUACAUUUAUCCAAAUUGAGUCGCAAAUUCAGUGAGAGUGGAGGAAAAACACGGCCAGUGAUGGACGAGUUAUCAGACCAACAGCGAGCGACAUACAGCUAUGGUGGUGCUGCUGCACCCCGGCUUCCCGCUCACCCAUCGCUCUGCCUAACUUCAGAUCUGGUCCGCUGUCAGUCAUGGUGCCUUUAGAGACAGUAGUUUGUUUGUUUUUCUGCCCCAUUUAAACCAGCUCGUGGUUUUGUCUGUUAACAUGAGGAUACGGCACUAACAGCAGAGGCUGGACGCAGGAAACCGUCACACACUGUUCCAGCACCGACGUAUAGACGUUACAUCUGCUGUCCUCUGUAGACAAGAAGCGCUGGAGCAUUCCAGGCUGCAGUUUACUCUGUAGCUUCUUUGUGGGGUUUUUUUUCUUUUUUGGGGGGUUUCCAGUAGAAAUACUGUUUCACGUUUCACCACAUGGGGGCGCUGGCGGCUUUUUUUCUUUUUUUUUUUAAAUUUUACACCUUUUUAAUUCAUGAGCUCACCAUAGCAACCACAUGGCAAAUGUUAAUCAGGAACUGCAGACUAAAAUCAUUAAUAUGAGAUUCACUCAAGAUCCUCAGUGAGAAAACAAAGAGGAGGAGAAAAGAUCCCUCUGUUGACGACAGCUGGGGAUUCAGAGGCCUCCCCUCCGCCUGUGAUCCGGUCAGCCGGCCUUCUGCACAACUUUACAACACUGCAGGGCUGCACAGAAAUAUACGGCUGUUUUUCCAGUCACUCCAAGAGAAAGACUUUCAAAAUCUUUAUUUUUGUAAUCUUGUAUAUUUGCAGUCAAACUGUUUGGUGCUGUUCACCAUGAAAUGCCGUCGUUUCACAGAAACUGGAACAAACUGUGCGUCUUCUCCACUGGACUUCAGUUAUUCAAAUCAAAAGUGUCAUUUCAGAGCCAAGGAUCCUCUGCUCUCUGCAGCAGCUGCAGGAAGACUCUCAGCAGUAACUUGUUUUAAGUUUUAUUGUGUUUGAGAAUGUGCAGCUUUAUGUUCUUAGUGUUUCUCAUGUGUGAUUCAGGAUGUAAAUGUUGGCAGAACUGACUUGUUGUCUGUGAACCGUGGUUGAUUACACCCAAAUUGUCGCAUGAAUUUGUAACGAAGUGUUUUCAUGUAGCCUCAAGAACUCUGAUGACAUUGUAAAAGAAGAAUAAUGGUGUUGGGAUUGAAUGUGCCUGUGAUACAGUGUGCUUGGUAUCGUUCAGAAUCGUUUUUCCUUGCCUGCUUUGACAUUUUACAGCUGUUUCCUGAACUUGGUCGUGCAGUGUGACUCCUCGGUGCAGUUUUUAACACAUGAAGCCAUGAUCUUAACAUGUGAGAUUUUCUAACUUCAUUCAUUUUUUCGAAUGGCACGUCGACCCCCAGCUGCUGGGAGACAACGAAGAAGACACUGUUGCAGACGUUUACGUGAAACUGUGUUUGUGAAUGGGGGGGGGAAAGUAUUAAAGACA